AUGACGGGUAGUGAUCCCGAGAAGAGGCUCAACACUGCGACGGGAUUUCAGCAAAUCGAAAAGGUCACCUCUGGCCCUGAGGCUUUCCUUAGCAACGAAAAACGAGACGAUAGCGAGACAUUUUCCAUCGGCGAUGUUACUCUGGAGGCCACCAUUACCGAGAGCGACCCUGAAGUCUACAAGAAGCUUGGUUUCAGCUUUCCGACCUUGAAGAAAUGGUACAUUCUGUCGGUGAUUUUCGUCGUCCAAUGCUCCAUGAACUUCAACACCAGCAUCUACUCCAACGCUAUUGAAGGGUUGCAGGAGGAGUUCAGCAUCAGUGCCCAAGCAGCAAGGGUUGGCCAACUUGUUUUCCUUGUCACCUACGCCUUUGGAUGCGAGCUUUGGGCACCGUGGAGUGAGGAGUUGGGGCGGAAACCCAUCCUGCAGCUCAGUUUGUUUUUGGUAAACAUCUGGCAAAUCCCUUGUGCGCUUGCACAAAACUUUGGCACCAUCGUCGUCUGCAGGUUCCUUGGCGGUUUGUCCUCGGCCGGUGGUUCAGUCACCCUGGGAAUGGUGGCGGACAUGUGGGAACCGGAAGACCAACAGUUUGCCGUCGCGUUCGUGGUGUUUUCCUCGGUUGGAAGUGCCGUGCUCGGUCCAAUCGUGGGAGGGUUUUCCGAAACUUUCCUGCACUGGCGGUGGGUCUUCUGGCUGCAGCUUAUGUUUGGAGGCUUUACGCAACUUUUGCAUCUCCUGACGGUCGUCGAAACCCGCUCGACUGUUCUCAUGAAUAAGGAGGCAGACAGACUGCGGAAAACAGGUAAGAAUUACACUCAUAUCAAGGCGGAAAGAAUCUUCACCAUCGCCGGUCUCCCCGUCAAAGAAAUUCUUACGAUCUGGAUUCGCCCGUUCAAGAUGUUCUGCACUGAACCGAUUGUGCUCUUCCUCUCCCUCCUGAGCGGCUUUAGCGAUGCCCUCAUCUUCACUUUUCUGGAGUCGUACAGCCCUGUCUUCAAACAGUGGAAUUUUAGCAAGAUUGCGGUCGGCCUUGCUUUCAUACCACUCGUCGUCGGUUACUUCAUUGCUUGGUUUUCUUUCAUGCCUUGGUUCAUCAGGCAGAAGCAGAAGAUGAAGAGCGGAGAUUUCCAGCCCGAAUAUCGUUUGUACUGGCUGUUGUACACUGCACCGCUGGAGGCCAUUGGCUUGUUUGGAUUCGCCUGGACGAGUCUCGGUCCCUCGCACGGCAUUCCUUGGAUUGCUCCGUUGCUGUUUUCCGGGCUCGUCGGCAUUGCAAACUACGCCAUCUACAUGGCUACCAUUGAUUACAUGGUCUCCAUCUACGGGCCGUACGCAGCAUCGGCAACCGGUGGCAACGGGUUCGCCAGAGAUUUCUUGGCCGGUAUUGCCGCUUUGUACGCGACACCUCUGUACUCGAAUGUUGGGCCGAGCAACAGGCAUCUGCCGUACGCAUCGACCAUCUUGGGCUGCCUUGCCGUGCUGGUUACGAUACCGAUCUACAUCUUCUACUUCUACGGGCCGGAGAUAAGGGCGCGGUCAAAGUUUGCGCUGAAGAUCAUGUCGGCGAACGAAGACAGACAUGCCAAGCAUCGCGCCGCUGCCGGCUCAAGCGCAUGAGAUCCGGAGGGCAUGGGAUUGAAAUGCGGGGACUGUAUAGACAGACAAUG